AUGGACAGUAUAAAAAGUUGUACUCACAUGCAAAUGUGUCUACACCUAACCCAGGGGAGACAGCACAGGAAACACACUCUCCCCAGGUUGACGGGCGGGGGUGGCCGAAACAAUCAGCAUGUGUGGGAGUGUGUGAAGUGGGACGAUGACGAAGGAACUGCUGCGCAUAGAGCCACUAGUGCAUAUACCACUACCCGUACACGCCCAGAGUCCAUGGACAGCCCCAUACCUACACCAGCGACCAAGCACACGCCUGGAUCUGAAACGGGGGAGGUGGCUAUUGAAUCUGAGGUUGAAAUGCAGAACGGCACGUUCUUACUGGGUAUGUCCACGGGUGAGAUAUUACAGAUGGAUAGUGACACGGGCGAGCAUAUAGUGUGUCAAUACGCACACAAACACACGCGGACAGUGUUCAAUAUAGUCAGUGUGGGCUCAUGUAUCGGAAGCCGGGCAGUGUCGUCUGCAAAUGGAUGCGAGCGUGCGAUUGGUAUGGACCCACAUUCGAGCGCGGAUACGACCACCAGGGUCGGUGUGGAUUAUGGAGAAGCGAUAUUGGAUGGUCUGAAGUGCACUUCCAAGUAUGCCUACCUGCUGGCAAGCUUUGGACAGGACAGGGCCAUUGUUGUUUGGGGUGCGCGACGCACACCACGUCACAGUAUUCGGAACGGAAGCUCGGUGCCGCAAGUAUCCCAACCACCGAAGAGUGCGAAUUUAUCAGGGCAACCGAGUUCCUACGCCGAUACACAGACCCACGCGCUUAUACACACAUACACCGAGACACAGAUGAGCAUCAGUCCCAGUGCGAGUACAAACGCGGUUGAGAACAAGCACGACACCGCCACAGCUGUACUGCGAAAGGGUUUGUGUAACAUCCCCACGUUCGGUGGUCAUGCCUAUGUAGUUACACCGUCUGUGCUAGACGUCGGGAAAGUGGCUAUUGCCGCGGGUGACGGAGCGUUACGAAUUUGGUCGGCUUUCGGGACAGCGAGAGCACCCAACACGGUCCCACAAAUCGCUCAACCCGUUACGAAGAGCAAAAAGGGGAAACGCAAGAACAACAAAAGCAAGGCAAGGGCGAAUAUGGUGAGGCCUGUGGCCCCAACGCACGAGUACGAAUGUGAGAUUUUCUGGAAGGGUUUGCAAACCAAGAUUACCGCGCUUGUGUGGCAUCCCAGCAAGGAGCAGGACCUGGUUUAUGCGACCGAAGAAGGGCACGUGGGUGUGUAUGACCUAGGUGCACAUCGAUACAAACAAUUCGCAGGCUACCACAAAGGCUCGGUGUUCCGGGUUGUGAUACCCCCCAAGGCUACCUGUGCACACGUUGAGACCCCCAGCUCUGAACAAGCACACGCAACACACGGCCGUGGAGGUGGGCUGGAGACUGAAGCGGAAAGUACGCACCUUGCUUCUGUGGGUGUGAGUGAGAUGAACCAGAUUGCGAAGCGAGAUUCGAGUAGUAAGAAUGCCUGUGGCAAAAUAUUUGACGGGCACUCCCAUUUUGUGUGGUCGGUCGGAGCGGAUGGGGUGGUUUUCGCCCAUAGCCUAUCCGAUCCCACGGCGAAACCUGUAACUGUGGAUUUGGGUGCUUUAUUAUUAGACCGCUCCAGCCUCAAGGCCACAGCCCUAGCACACUCUGAUGGGGUAGCGCAGAGACUGCAAGCUUCCAGCCAAACAGAUCUACGAACACAUGGAGUGAAGGAUACGACAUCAGGCUUGCAACUGAAGUUGGGAGUCGAACCUUCACUGAGGCCGGGGAAUGCCAAGUCUAAAGGGAUCCCUGUGGGGGAUGGAAAGACCACUGAGAUUUGUUUCAGUGCAGACGGUUGCUAUUUGGCUGUGGGUAGAAGUAACGGGCUGGUGCAGCUAGAUCUUUCUGUACUUCUGGACGUGUACUGGGAAGUAUUGCGUACCCAACUUCUUGUAGAAUAG